GUAAAUUUGAGGGCAGAAUGUGUCAUUGAAUGGCCAUUUUGUCAACCCUCUUCUUCUAACUUUUUGCAUGCAUUGAUUGAAAUUUUUACGUUUUGAUCCAACCACAAAUGAUGUUUAUUACAACAAUUGAUUACGACGUUGUUUUUAAAUCUCUUAACGAUUCUUGUUAAUAUUUUUUGUUCCAAAAGAUUUCAGAAAGGCCUAUUAUUUUAAUUUCUCCUCAUUUUUCCUCUCGUGCACUUGCUGCCCUUGAGAAUCUUGAUUCUUCUUCCUUAAUUCAGAUUGGGACAGCAAUAUGGGACAAUGUUGUUCAUGUCAUAUUCAAAGUUAUUAUGUCGAGAAUCGUGAAGAGGAAAGAGAGGUUGAACGUGAAGAUAUUAUAUUUAGAGGCCACGCUGGGGCGCAUGUUAGGCUGCAAGGAUCAUCUAAAUUUGUAUCAAUGUAUGCUCAGCAAGGGAAAAAGGGGACCAACCAAGAUGCCAUGACUGUUUGGGAGAACUUUUCGGGUGCGAAAGACACGUUCUUUUGUGCUGUGUUCGACGGACAUGGUCCGUCCGGCCACAAGGUGGCACGAUACAUUCGCGAUGUUUUGCCAGUGAAAAUUUCAAUGUUAAAUAACAAGUCAAAGGCAAAUGCUGAAGGGAAAAUUGGCAAUGAUCAUCCAUUUUUGUCAUCAUGGAAAGAUAAAAUAAUAAAGUCUUUCCAGGAAAUGGAUGAAGAACUUGAGGGUGAUGCAUCCAUUGAAAGCUACUGCAGUGGUACAACCUCAGUGUCUAUACUUAGACAGGGUGAACACCUUAUAAUUUCGAACUUAGGGGAUUCUCGUGCUGUUCUAUGCACUCGGGACGAGAAAGAUCAACUUAUUUCUGAACAGCUUACAGUUGAUCUGAAGCCAAAUCUUCCAAGAGAAAUGGAACGAAUUAAAAGUUGUCAAGGCAGAGUUUUGGCAAUGGAUAAAGAACCAAACGUGUACAGAAUAUGGAUGCCCGAUGAAGAUUGCCCUGGUCUUGCCAUGGCAAGAGCUUUCGGAGAUUUUUGCUUAAAAGAUUUCGGCCUCAUCUCAACCCCUGAAGUAACUUAUAGAAAGCUGACACAAAGAGAUGAAUUUGUUGUCUUAGCAACUGAUGGGAUAUGGGAUGUGUUAUCAAACGAUGAAGUAGUACGUAUCGUGGCUUCGGUCAAGAAACGAUCUCUAGCAGCUAAACUGUUGGUGGAUCAAGCUGUUCGAGUCUGGAGAUACAAGUAUCCGUGUGCAAAGAUUGAUGAUUGUGCUGUCGUAUGCUUGUUCUUCAAACACCCGAGACCUUUGUUAACUAAGUCCAUAUCAGAAGUGGCUGAAAUCAGUUUGAAUCAUACAGAACUCGGAACAAAUGCAAGAACUGAUGACGGUCUCGAUACAGUUUUGAACUGUAAUGUUGAAGAAAGCCCGGAAAAUGAUCCGAAUGGUGGUGUUCAUUUGGAUUCUACAACGCACCGGCCUCGGAAAAGAAGAACAGUAAAGAAAAUUGAUCAGGUUGGAGACUGAUAAGGGCUCAAGUGAAUUGUUUGAAGCCUGUAAGCAUUUGAAAAAACACAAGAUGAAAAUAGUAUUAGUCUUAGUGAACCGUUCUUGAAAAAAUACUUUAUACAAAAUUAAUAUCUUGAUGAUGAAUGUAAAAAGAAGAAAAAAUCCUUCAAAAUAGAAAGAAAUAUAUGUUUGAUAACAUGGAAUAUGCACAAUCCAUCAUGGAGUGCAGCAAUUUUACGUC